AGGCACGUCAUAGAAAAACAGCAAGUUUAUACUUGAUUGUUUAGAGCAUGAAGUGUAUUCGAUUUUUCUCAAGUCUCAUAAAAUCAUCAUUCAAAGAGUGGAAAUUCUACAUGGUCGAGAAAAAAGAGACGAGAGAAGAAGGGGCAGCCAUGCAUGUAAAAUAGAGCGAUAAGCAAGGCAGAGGGAGAGAGGGGUUGACUUUAUGUAGUUUCUUCAUACAGCUAUGUUGGAGUACUUCAUUUCUGCUUAUCCGUACAUAUAUACCCUCUUCCAUUCUCCCUCUUUCAUAUAUUUCCACUCCUCUUCAUAUACUCACCAUUCAUCUCUCUCCCUCUCUCUCUCUCUCAAAUUUACACAGAAAGAUAAUUCCAAAGCCUCUGUUUAAAUCACGGACGACGUCCAUCGGCAUUAACAAAUUUGUGGGAUUAAUUGAUAUAUGAAUGCACAUGUAUUUGUGGGAUUAUGUAUUGUAUGAGAUUGGUAGGUAGGUGGUGGGAUUAUUAGUUAGAAUUGAUGAAGAUGAUGUACGAGCAACAACAAGAUGUAAUAAGAAACAAAGAUUAUGUGAUAAAGAUGUCAAGGUCGAUGGGCUCGAGUCACGAAGAGGAGCCGCAACUACUUGAUGUCUUGAAUUUGAGCGGAAUGUCCUUGGAAUCUCUCCCUAAUCCUUCUAUUAAUCUUGCAGCUAUUUGCAAGCUAGACCUCUCCAAUAACAAUCUCCAGAGUAUACCAGAGUCUCUCACAGCAAGACUCCUAAAUGUUGCGGUUCUAGACGUGCACUCAAAUCAGCUUAAAGCCCUCCCCAAUUCAAUAGGAUGCUUGUCAAAACUCAAGAUUUUAAAUGUCUCUGGCAACCUCCUGCAGUCCCUCCCCAGAACCAUUGAAAAUUGCAGAUCACUGGAGGAGCUAAAUGCAAACUUCAACAUGUUGACAAAAAUGACCGACACAAUAGGCUUUGAGCUCAUCAACUUAAAGAAACUUUCUGUCAACUCCAACAAGCUCAAUUUUCUUCCCUCUUCGACCUCUCACUUAAUCAACCUCUGCAUUCUAGAUGCCCGUCUCAACUGCCUCCGCGCCCUCCCCGACGACCUUGAAAACCUAAUCAAUCUCAAAGUCCUCAAUGUCAGCCAAAACUUCCAAUACCUAAGAACCCUGCCAUACUCCAUAGGCCUUCUCAUCUCCCUAGUCGAACUCGACAUCAGUUACAACAACAUAUCCACAUUGCCAGACUCCAUGGGGUGCCUAAACAAGUUACACAAGCUAAGCGUCGAAGGCAAUCCGUUGGUUUCGCCUCCCAUGGAUGUGGUUGAGCAGGGACUUUUCAAAGUGAAAUUAUAUUUAAGUGAAAGGAUGAAUGGGGCACAUAAGAACUCUCCUAGGAAGUUCUCGUGGGUUGGUAAAUUAAAGAAGUAUAGAACUUUCAAUGCAAGUAGCAGUAAAGCUCAAGUAAAUGUGAAUGAAGUUGAAAGCCUUGAGACACAAGGGUUCAUAGUGAAUCAUGAUCAUAGUGAUUAUCAUGAUAUUCAAGCCAUUGCUUCACCUAGGUCCUUAAAAAUGUUUUCACCGCGCAGACUUUUCUCUCCCAAGACUUACUUCACCAGAUGAAACAAACAGCUUUAGUCGAGAUUUAUCAAUCUUUUGUUAUUGGUGAAAUAUAUGAAUGAGUGUGUGUUCUUUUUUGCUGGCGUUUCUGCGGUGAAGCAUGUAACUAGUCUUCCGGGAAGAAUAGAUUAUUUUGUUUCAAAAGGUGUUAAUCUGAUGAUGGUGAAACUUUGUUUCAAAAGGUGUUAAUCUGAUGAUGGUGAAACUUAGUUAGUUGGGGUCCAAAUUAUAACAUCUCGAGAAAACAUUGACCAGAGGGCCUCCAUAACAAAACAUAUUUGGGCAAAUAAAUAAACUGCAAUUUAAUGCUUCUG